CAAUGCCGAAAGCCAUACACUCUUUCCACUAUAGGCAGCUCGGAGCUGAGCCUAUACUGACCAAUCGUCAUUGGCUUUCCGUGUGACAAGGCGUAUGCAGGUACUCAAUCGGAUCGUCUCCCCGCACCGGAGUACAGCCGCGAUCAUGGCACCGGAAGUUAGACGCAGAGUGCAGAUUGUGAUUGGGUACAUUCGCACCGAUUCAUAAACAACGUGGGGUUCCAAGACGUCCUGGGACAAUAUUACAUGCCGGUUAAAGAUGCGGGCGCACUUCGCUGCUAGGUAUCUCGCAUCUCAACAGAGAAGCAGUGAAGUCAGAUCUAAAAAGACAGCUGACAGUAUACAAGUACUGACAACUCUACGGAAGCACCUCGGAAACAGACUGCUAACGUCUACACAUACCCCGUCAUGAGAGUGCCUGCAAUCCCGCUCAUCUUACUUCCAAUUCUUGCCUCAGCCUCCCCCCUGCACCAUGCUUCUUGCAUUUCGCCACAAUCUUCCUCCAACGCUUCAAACGUGUACGAUUAUAUUGUCACCGGUAGCGGUCCAGGAGGCGGUACAAUCGCCACCAAUCUUGCUCUUGCUGGACACUCCGUUCUGUUAAUCGAGGCUGGAUCAGACGCUUCGUUUGAUAUCCGCACCCAAGUGCUCGCUCUGAAUGACUUCUCCAACACGAAUGUAGCCUGGCAUUUCUUCGUCAAGCAUGGUGAUGACGAGGAAAGGUUGAAGAGGUAUAAUCUGUUGGUUUGGAGGUUGAAGAAUGGGGAGUAUUGGGUUGGAAAAGAUCCCAGUCUUGAAGGACAUGUAGGCGCCGAGAGGUUGGGCGUUUUCUAUCCUAGAGGUGCUACUUUGGGCGGGAGCGCAAUCAUUAACGCGGCUGCGACGUUCCUGCCAAGCGACAGCGAUUGGGACUUCUUUGACAAGGGCGUUGAAGAUGGCAUCUGGAGCGCCGAAUUGAUGCGGAAAUACUUUGAGAAAAUCGAGCAUAAUAACUAUCUCGAACCCGGUACCCCUGGUCACGGCUUUACAGGCUGGCUACAGACGAACAUCGCUGACCGAGCUACCCAUGCGGCUGAAGCACUCCGCUUCAAGGUCUUCCAAGCUGGGUUGAAAUUGGUUGGGAAAGAUCCGGAAAAUGUACUGGACUACCUCACCAGCGAUGCAAACUAUCUCGAUCCAAUGCGUGAUCAGACAGAGGGUCUGUCGUCACUGCCAUUCCAUGUCACACCCAACUGGAAGCGCUUCAGUCCACGCGACCGUAUCCUGGAAAUGCGCAACCUGACGAAUUCGGAUGGAACACUGAUGUACCCGCUACAUGUCCAGCUUGAGUCUCUGACGACAAAGGUGCUGUUCGAUGAGUGCCAUGGUAAUGGCACAAAGCCGCGAGCAAUUGGGGUUGAAUACUUGCAAGGCAAGUCCGUAUACAAAGCUGACCCACGUCGUAAUGCUUCCACCACCGGUACACUGCACCAAGCUUUUGCUCGAAAAGAAGUCAUCGUAGCCGGUGGUGCGUUCAACUCGCCCCAGAUCCUGCAGCUCUCUGGCAUCGGACCCAAAGCCCUUCUCGAGAAGUACAAUAUCCCUGUGAUAUCUGACUUACCGGGCGUGGGCCGCAACCUCCAGGAUAACUACGAGGUACCCAUCUACGGAAACGCCCAAAUCAGCUUCGCAACGACACCUGAUCCAGAUGCACCAAAAUGCACGUACGGCACACCUGGUGACCCAUGUCUCGAACUCUGGUACCAAGGCCAAGGACCCUACGCGCGCGGUGGCACAAACUCAAACGCGUUCCUCCUCAAGACAGCCCAUGCGGUGGAAGGCGAAAGAGACGAGCUAAUGUUCGGCUUCACGGGUGGCUCCUUUACGGGCUUCGCGCCACCGACGUCUCAAAACACCACACGCUACCCUCCUACAACAUUCUCUUGGUCCACCGUCAAGAUUCAUCCCCAGAACACUGCCGGAUACGUCCAAAUCCGAUCGGCCGACCCGGUGGACACACCAGAAGUGAACCUGAACUACUUCGCCGAGGGCGCAGAAACAGAUCUAAACGCCAUGCUCGACACUGUCGCCUUCGUCCGUAGAGCAUUUGCUUCCACAGAAGCACCGGUCGGCCCUGUAACCUCUGUCUCUCCACCCUGUCCGCCUGCUGAUAUCCUUGAGACGGGCUACUGCCGCGACGUGCAGAUUGAUAGGGAGUGGAUCAAAGAUCAGGUCUUCGGUCACCAUCCUACAAGCACGAACAAAGUCGGCCCGGAUUCUGAUCCGAUGGCUGUGUUGGAUACAAGGCUGCGGGUUAGAGGGAUCGAAGGGCUGCGAGUUGUAGAUGCGAGUGCGUUUCCUAGAUGUCCGGGUGCGUUUCCGGCGGUUAGUACGUUUUUGUUGAGCGAGAGGGCGACGGAUUUGGUGUUGGAGGAUGUAGGCAAGUGGUAGGCUGGAUGUUUGCUGUUGAGUUCUAAGAUCAUGAGUUUAUGAGACAGUGGAAGCAUUGCGAUUGCUACUGUACGAGCUUAACUGCGACAUAAAUGAGUUACAUCUUCGCAUAUCUGCAUUGCAGACGAAUCGCAGUAAAUGCGGAUCUCCCGUCGAAGCAGUGGGAAAGCGGCAUGACGAAUGUCAGAACCAGAGCCCU